CGAACAAGUCAACCUGAAAAUAACACAAGAGAGUGUCAUUAUUAUGGAGAAACUUGGGUUUAACAGUUACAGCACUUUUAUGUUGUAGCAGCUUCAGUAUUUUGUUUAUGUUGAACCUGAUGGAUUUGGAAAUGCAUACGAUUUAGCAAAGUGGGCAGAAAUCAAGAUUCAUCAGACCAGGCUACAUUUUACCAGUCCAGUUUUGGUGAGUCUGUCCCCACUGCAGCGUCAGCUUUCUGUUCUUGGCUGACAGAAGUGGUGAGUGUUUGUCUGUUUAAUACUAUUGAUGUACAAAAGGUAUGCAGGCGAGUAUGUGAACAAUGCUGCUUGUGCAGCUGCUUCAUAAUCACCCAUCAGCUAUCAGUAUAGAGGUCUAAAACACAGUUGUAUUGGCUGUUUCAUUCUGCAAAGCAUGGCCCCUUAAUUUUGAAAAGGUAGAAUUUCUUGAAAGCAAAAAUUGCACUUUUUUUUAAAUUUAGGCGGCAUUCUGAUUUUACUCAGUCAUUUUAUUCAAUUUUUACUUCAGUCAUUGUCUGGAUGUCGUCAGCCCUUGUAAAUUUAGAAAAAUGUUGGAGAUUUCUUUUCUGACAUGCAGGUUACGAUGCCACCAUGGCUCAGAGGGUUGGAAGUGGUCCGACGUGCGGGGUGCCUGCAGUAGUUUUAUGUUUGGUAGCCCUGUUUUGUGCCAACCUGCUUCUCUAUUUCUACCUGGAUGCUCUAUACGAGGGCACUUCUCCACCUUCAGCACACAUGCACUGCUCACCAGGAUAUUUUAAGGUGGGCACGAUGAAAAACUGCACCCCGUGGUUGCAGUGUCCUGAAAUCCGUGCUAAUGUUCGUCGUCUCAGACUGAUUGGACAGGGAGCUGUUAAGCAGGUGUACCUGUCAGAGUGGCAGGGGCAAAAAGUAGCCCUGUGUGUCUUGUCAUCAGAGCAGUACAAAGCUGAUUUCCUUCAUGGCGUGUCCAUGCUACGUUCCUUGCAGAGUGUGCGUGUGGUAUCACUAGUGGGUGUGUGUGAAGAGGAUGGAGUAUUUGUUACCGAGUACCACCCUCUGGGAUCAGCACUAACACUUGAUUCUACUCUUGCUCAGGAUCGUUACCGCAGUCAGGACUCGUGGCACGUGCGGCUGCGUCUGGCACUAGAUUACGUUGUCUUUCUGGUGUUUUUACACAACAGCCCGGUGGGUACCCGUGUCAUGUGUGACUCUAAUGACCUCCAAAAAACACUUAGUCAAUUCUUGUUGACCACUGAUCUGCGGCUUUUGGCGAACGAUCUUGAUGCCCUGCCUUUGGUAGAGCAUGGGGGUGAGGGCAUCAAGUGUGGUCAUCGUCAGCUGAUGGGUGAUUUUGUUGCUCCAGAGCAGCGGUGGCCUUAUGGUGACGAGGUGCCUUUCUCAGAUGACCUCAUGCCAGGCUACGAUGAAAAGUCAGAUAUUUGGAAGAUUCCAGAUGUGACCCAUUCUUUGCUGGGUCAUGUCUCAGGGAGCGAUGUUAUCCACUUGCACCUCUUUCAGAUCCAUGCAGAGUGUAAGAGGCAGAAUCCUAAGCUACGACCAACAGCGCACAAAGUCCUCAGUGUUUAUCGCUCUGUAUAUGACAACAUGAAGGAAAGUCAUACAGAAAGUGUCCGAGACAUGCUGUGAAUUUCAUAUGAUUCGGUUUGUGUGUUGGGAGCAAGUUAAAAAAGCAGUCCAGGGCCAGGGAACGUGAAAGUGGUGAGCAAGGUAGCAGUAUUCAGUUCAGUAGGCAAUAAAAGAUGUUAAUGUCGUUAUGCACCAUUUGGUAAAAACUGGACACAUUUUAAUAAAGUUAAAACCACAUGCUUUUGGAUGGUGACCUCUCACUUUGUCUUUUUUAUUACUUCUGAGAUAUAUUAAAAUUUUUUUUCCUAUUUUACAGCCAAUACCAUAUUAAAUUGUAUAAAACAUUAUACAUUGAAAUUGUUUUUGGCAAAUACCUUUUGUACCAGGCAACAGUACAUGGGUAACUCUGAUCGUGUUUCAUCCAUAUGCUCAAAUGAAAUGUAAAAAAAAAAUUUAAAAAUUUAACUCCUGAGAUUUGUUUAAACUGAGACCAUGGAAAUAAAGUGGACAGAGUUAUUUGUGA